AUGCUUUCCAGAACUACCGUUAAAAAGACCAACACUACCAAUCCAACAGUCACCACUGCUCAAGCUGCCACUUUGUCUGCCUCACCAAACUUUAUGUACAGAUAA